AUGCCAGCUCACGCGAAUCAAAAAUCACAACGACAUUGGUCGAAAAAUGUGAGAGAUGUCUCCUUAAUACACGAUGGUUUACAACUCCGUGUAGAAGGUGGAGCCGAAAAUGGCGAGUUUUUAUACGUGGUUGCGUUGCCUACCGAGAAAACUCGUUACAGGAAAGGUCGUUUUCGUACCGGAGAUAUUUUGAUCGAAUUGAACGAGGAAGCUGUCGUCGGCCUUACUUUGCAAGACUUGAUGAACCGUAUUAAUAAAGCUGGCAAGAAAGUGAAUUUCAAAGUCGUGCAACCAGGUAGGGGUGUGCUGUGUUUUUGUACGCAUUUUGUUACUGAUAAUGUAUGAGAAGGUGAAAUGAUAGUUUGGAAUAGAUGGAAUGCAUUAUUAAAAUGCAUUGUGAUGUUUUGAUAGUGAACUUUAUAUUGUAAGAAUCCAUAUAGUCUGCAAGCAAAAAUUUUAGGUAUGUACGCAAAAAAUGAUUUUGAUAUUUUGGUAAUAGCCAUGCAUUGUGAUGAUUAAGUAGAGGUGUUAUACAGCUGCAUGUAAUGAUAGAUAGAUACCAAGUGAAUAAAGAUACCAAGUGAAUAAAGGUUAGUAAUAUUUGCUGCAUAUAAUUGAUAUAAAUAUAUAAAAGGUUUGGCUAUUAAUCGCGAUAUAUACUGUUGAAAUGUAACAAUAUACAUAUUAUGUGGUUGAACCUAGUCGGAACUGAUUCAGGCGAAUAUAUUUAGAGCCAGAUAAGAUAGAAAUGAUCUUGAUAACCCAGUAAUAGCCACAAUAACCGCAAAUAUAACAACAUUAAUGUAAAUCACAAAGUACUUUUGGUGUCUUGGGCUCGCGGCCGAAUAUAUGUAGGUAUAUGAUUUAUGAUUCAUUGAAGAAGUAUGCGGAUAUAUUAAAUCAUUCUUGCAUUCUGUGGCUUAAUAUCACGCUGGCUGUUAACUGUAAUUCAUGAUCUCAGCCAGCUGGUGUAAUUGGAAACCUGUUCCAAUGAAAGAGGCCAGUCACGUCAGGCGAUGCUGCACAUUUUUUGCCCUUAGGCUUAGCGGUAAAAGGCAAAGAAGGCAAAACAAGUCGGUUUUACAAUCCGCUUAUAAAAUAACGACAAAAGUAUAUAUGUUCUUUUGAAAUAAGCGGACAAGAUCGCACAUCAUAGCCUAUUAAUAGUAGUCUUAUUUGCAUUUUUCAAACAUGGACUUUUCUAGUUUUCUUUUCCUUAUUGGACGCAUUCCUUAGUUAUAAAAUGAUGACUGUGUGAAUGCCUUUCAUACAAGCGGUUUUUGAAAAUUAUCUCAUAAAUUGUUUGGGAAAAUCUGAAAAUUGAUAAAUAAUUAUAGGGUGUUUUUUUCCAACUGUCUUUAUUGUCUAACAAAGCAUUCAGCUUGUUAAGUGGGGAUAUGUGGGUGGGUUGGACGUACUAGAGAUUUCCUCCUGGUUAAAAACGUGAAUCAUCAAAACUCUAAAGAUCACACUGGCAAUUUUUGCUGCGAUUUAUAUAGUGCGAUUUUCUCUCUCAUGUACACGAACGAGCCUUAAUAUAUGAUCUCCAAAAUGCACAAAAUGGCACUUCAGAGACUCCAGAUUUGAAAAUUUCCCCAACGGGGCUUUUCGGAGCCAAUUAACAAUUACAAAAAAUUAAAAGAUAUACUAACAUGAAAUUCUAACUAACUAAUUACUGGUAUGGAUGUAAAAAUUGUUAAAGGCCAAAUGCUACUAUGAAUGAUUUCCUAAAAGAUAUUUACGUAAUUUAUGUUUAAAAAUGUUAACUGAUGAACUACAUUUAAUGUUCUCUGGAAGUUCGUUCCAUAAGGAGACAGCACGGUAAUAGAAUGUCCGUUGGCCAGUUGCACUCCUGAAAAAGGGGAUGUUUAAAGAACUUGAGUUCCUCGUGCAACGUCCACUGAUGUCGACUCUCCUCACAAAUUGAAUAUAUCGAACGGUCGACGCUAGCUAGUGUAGGUAACGAGGAUAACAAGAUAGCUGCGGAAACGUCCUAAAAACAUAAACAGAAUUUUUCGACGUUUCUAGCGGAUACCCUGGAAGUUUCUAGCAGGUUCAGUAACUAUAGUUGGCCAUGCAAACUAGCAGGAGAAAUUAAGUGCUUUGGCUAUUUCCGAAGUGGAAAACCUGGCUACGACACGGUAUUAAAGAAGGCAUAUAGGGGGAGGGGGAAUGCCAAACUGCUAUGCAAGAAAUUAGCUUGGUUGUAGAACGUGAAACGGAUCCGAGACCAUCUUUGUGGUUGGCCAAACUUGGCCUGAAACGGCUCUGAAUCGAUUGUGAAUUCGGCUCGUGCAACAUAUGGACUCGACACGGGUCUCACACCGGGCAACUUUGUGGGUGUUGUACACCUUCUUGCGAACCGAGUCAGUAGAAUAUUCGAUAAUAUUCCAUAUACAUAUACAUGAUAUCAAACAUGGCACCUGGGGUCUAAGACGUGGUUAUAUUAAAUAUCAAAACUUGUUAUUUUUGUUUUAAUUUGUUUUUGGUAUCCAGGCGUAUCGUAGCACAAUAUAACUUUAUAAGGGUCAGUAAACUGAAAAGUCACAGUCGGACGCAUAUGUUCGCACAAUUAAGCGCUGCGUUUUACAUGUAAUGAAACUUAACGACCUUAACCUACCACUAAUUUGGUAUUAAUUGUUGCAAUUUCAGAGAGUUAAUUGAAAGACUGUUUGUCGAUGUUUGCUUUUGCCGAAAGAACUUAGUUCUAAUAAAAUAUUUUUGUUACCUAAGUUUUGAACCAAGGCCAAAGGAAUAGACAUAUUUUUGGACGAAAUACAACAUGGAACAACAUUUCACAUGACACUCGACAGUCCUAAAAUCUUGACGAAUUAGGCCGAAUUUGAUACGUAGAACAUGUUCAAUGAAGAACUGAAAUUAUGUUAUUAUAGGAUUUCAGUGCUGCAGAAGUUAAAAAUACUGAUGACCUCGACAAAUUAUUCGUACAUGACAUUAAAAAGUUUAUCUCUGAGAGUGUCUUUCUUUAGUCGUACAGGAUAUAUUGGUUUUAUGACGAGUGUACUGAAAAAGUCGUAAACACUUCAAAAUGUAGCUAUAUACGUUCGAUUCAUUUUGAUAAUUUGAAAGGAAUUAAAAAGGAAUUAAACAAAGGGUAAUUUUUGCAUGUUAUCAGUUUCUAACUUUGUUAAGAAAAGAUUACUCCAAGUUUUGUUUGAUUAUUGGUCUUGCAAGAAGUUUAAAACACGUUGUAGCUAGUAUUGUGGUAUUGCAAAAACUCGAGGAAUUUGUUCGACAAUAUUAAAUUCAAAUCUGAUAAAUAACAUUCUCAAGUGUAACAAAAUCAUUGACAUCGUCAAUACGAAACCGGUUUUCAAUAAAUUUCAAUAUUAACACAAGAUUAAAUACAUUGAUAAAUGAUAGCUUAACUCAACCAUAUUAAUAAUAGAUCAUAAUCAUAAUAAACAUAAUCAUCGAAGUAUAAUAAUGAGAAUGAUUAAAUCUUAUUUAUAGGCAUCUAUUAUUUAUAAUAAUUGUAGAUAGAAGAGUGCCUAACACAAAAUCAUUUGUAGAGCAAAAUAUAUUUAAUCUUAAAACAAUAUUAUUAUUGUUAAAGUUUCAUGUAGUUUCAUGUUCAAGUUGAUUCAGUUCAAUGUUCAACAGUUGCUUGAAUAAACUUUAUAAAACUUUAAGUUGCAACAAUUUUUUCAGUUUUACGAUUGAAGAUAUUUAUUCUUAUUAUAAAGAAACCACAUUACAACUUUUCAUCCCCUUAUAAAAUGCUUCGGAUCUGGGAAUGGGAUUUUCAGGAAUGUAAAAGAAAUUCUUUAUAUCUUUCAGGAGGUGGAAUUAACAAGGACAUGAGAGAUUUCUUGAGUCAAGACUUUCCAAACAGUGAUGAAGUUGAUAUCGACCUUCAAGAUGCUACCAGAGACAAUUUGUAUGCGAGGACAGUUCCAUGUACGUAUUUUCCUUGUUUAAACUUGAUACUAUAAAACUAAUAUACCAAUCAUAUACCAUACCAUACCAACCAGUUACCACAUCAACCACUUACCAUACCAUAUCAUACCAUAUGAUUGUCCUACCAACAUCCUGAAUAACCCAUGAAAUAACCAAUACCUCUUUAACCCGACAGGUACCACUCGCCCACCGCGCUCUGGUGAAGAGGCUGGAAUCGACUACAUAUUUAUCAGCCGUGAAAAAUUCCUGGAGAUGGAAAAGAACGGAUAUUUUCUGGAAACUGGAAGCUACAACGGCCAUUAUUACGGAACACCGAAACCGUUAUUGAGUGAUUUGAUGACGAAAGACGAACCGGCGGAAAAUGAAACUCUUCAAGUGGAAGAACAGACAAAGGACAAUACGGAAAACAGUGAACUCGUCAUAGUUCAUCGAGAAAAUUUAAAUGAGGAAAAUGGUUUGAAAGAAGGACUAGAAAAUGACAGUCAAAAUAAUGUCGAAAAAGACGAGAUCUUACAAAAUCAACCUAUUCAAGUCUAG